UGCAAGAAAAAUUUAUUUUUCGUGGGAAAAAGUUGAGUUUUCUCGGUGAAAAAUGGAAAAUGCUGAAGAGGAAAUGAGCGUAAAGUAUACAUUUAUUGAGGACAGUGCCAAUGUGAUUGAAAUUGGAGAUGAGGAUGCAGCAGGUGGGGAGGAAAUGCCCCAAAUGUUGGAUUUCAAUGAAAGCGCUAUUUCCAAGCUUUUAGAUGCUGUGGAGAAGCUAAAUAGGAUCUUGGAGACACAGCGCCGUGUUGCAGAAGAGCUCAAUCUGACGCAGGAAGAGGAGAAUGAGAAUGUCCUGGAGGGAACUGUGACAUUCCCCCUGAAGAGCCUGAAGGAGUUUCAGAGCCUCGAGAGGAUGUCAACGAAUGAGUCAUACAGGAAGAAUUUGACUAAAUCUCUGCGGUUGCUGCUUAUCAAGGGAGCAAUCCAGGAUCCCAUUAAGAAUCUCCUGGAUGACUCAAUUGUGAUGCACUUCUCAUGGGAUGAGCCCAAUAAGCCCUGUAUCAUCUCCCUGCGUCACACCAUUUGCUUUGGUCACGUUAUUUACAAUGCCCUUGGGAUGGGAUUCACAGACUACGCCAAUUUUGUUCACACGUGCCUAACUCUGGCACAGGCUAGAUCACAAAAUAGUGACGUCUGCACGCUCAAUACAAUUCGUGCUGAAUCGCAAUUCCAGCACUUUGCCUACGUUGUGUCGGAUAUUUCGCAGCGAAUCUCCGACAUUGAGAUUUUCCAGAAGAAAAUUGAAGCCUACACGUGCCUCCGGAAGCACGAGGUGGAUCCCAAAAUCUACUUCCCCAUCGCCAGCAUUGAUAGCUUGACGAAACUCGAGGAGAUUCUUCAGUACAGAAUAGUCCAGGAAGUUGUGAUAUCAUACUGCAAGGAUCUGUAUAAGAAAGAUAAAUCCCUGAAGAGUAUUGUUCUGGAUGAUUUCUUGGCGAAUUAUUCGUUAAAUGGGGAAUGCAAGAAGAGCGAUUUAUUCCGUUUUACCUUCUUCAACCACACCCUGUGCGCUGCCCUCGAAAUGAGGCGCGUGGACUACGAGGUGGAGGUUGCGCAUCAAAUUGACUGCGCGGCAGAAAGGACCUUCGGGAAGGGCAGUAGCACCGCCAGCCAUGAGGCGUCAGACGAGGCCGCUGAAAGGGUCAACAAAAUCCUCACGCAUCGAAAGGUUGUGAUGAUCCGGAAGGAGGAUUUAGCUGAGCAGGGAAUUCCUCGGAAAUUGAGGGAAAUUCUGUGGAAUGGCCAGGCUGAAGGGAAGGCCAAGGCGACGUUUUUUACAGAUGCUGGGAAUUUUGUUUCACUCACUAAGGUUGCAGCGGAUGCAGAACGGGGAGCUUCCUCUGAUGAGGAUCUUGAGGAGAAAGUUGCCAAAUAUUUCCCUUUGCGUUCAUUAAAAGAUCUCCGAUCAAUCAAUAUUAAACUCCAGGAUGAUCACUUUAGAUUCUCAUUGCAACAAAUCCUCGAUGAAUUCUAUCAUAAUCGCAAAUUUUCCAUAAAAGACAUCCUCACGGAGGAUUUUCUAGUCAAUGUGGAUGAGAGAGAUUUAUUCAGUGGGUGCCUAAUGAAGGACUUUCUCCCCGUGAUCCUUUCCCUGCCACCCAGAUCAUUCAUUAGGAUGGUAAAGAUGGAAUUUAGAGCUCUCAAAAGUGCCUUAGAGCUGAGAAGAGCCAACUACAGUGAACUCCUUCAGCUUCGCAUUGAAAUGGGGCGAACUGUUGAGCUUCCAAAGAGUCCAAAUGGCUCCUUCAGGGCAUUCUUCCCACUAACAACGAUUCAGGCAUUUGAUGAGCUCGAAAGGAGUCUCGAGUACGAAGAUUUCUUCAGGCAAAUCUCCAAUGCAUGCCGAAUUGUUCUAAUGCGAGAGAAAAAAUUCAAAUUAACGCAUUUUAUUGGGGAUGAGAUUCUGGGUAAAUUCAGUGCCCGUGGAAGCCCCACGACGCUCUCUUUGAUGGACACAAGGCUCUUUGGGGAGAUUCUCAGGGAAUUCUCAAAGUUGGAAGAACCUGAAUUCGCUGCAAUCCUCCAUAAGCAUCACAACAAUGCCGUGGCAAAGCGCAAAGGUGCCCAAAUGCAUCUUCCGGAGGGAGAUUCCCAUCCGGAUGGGAAGAAACGAAGGAGACAAUUUGUGGAGGUAGUUUUUCCGCUGGCAAAUAAAACUCAACUCCUCCUGGUGGAUGAAAAUCUAAAGGAUGAAGGAUUUAGGAAUGAAAUUGAAAGAAUUCUUGGGGAUUUGCUUCACAGACAAGGGGAAGUAGUGCAGGAAAUUCCCCUGGAAAAUAUCCUUGAGGUGGACUUAAUAGGUAUAAGCUCAUGGGAUGACAAUGAAGAAACUUCCCUGAAGGUUUACUGCCUCUUCAGAGAUGUGAUUUUCAAACUAACGAGUGUUGCGUGGCCGUCAUACGAUGAAAUGAUGCGGAAGGCCUUCAAGAGACUCAGCAAGGCCCAAAAGAGUCCUGCACAGGAGAAUUCUCGGUCGUAUAAAUCCCUGAAUGACUUUGUUAUCAUUCCUCCGCCAAAGAAAAUGGUAAAAAGUGAUAAUACCGUUAAAAGUUUGCCAGAAGAAGCUCCAGGGGUACAUCCUAGAAAUUCUCAGACCACACAAGCUCCUCAGGAGACUCAAAAUGCCCAAAAUAGUUCGGAAAUGGUGAAGAGGGCAAAAGACAAUAAUGAUGGAACAGCGGUAGUGUGUGAAAGUGAAGAUGAUGCAGCGAAUAGAAAUGGAUUUGACCAGAUACUGCCGAUAAAGUCAAAAGAGGAGUUCCUCCUGAUGGAAUCCAUGCUAACGGACAACAAUUUUGCGACUUACUUUAGCCUUCUGUGCAGCAAUUGUGAUGACAAGACAGCUCUCUUGAGGGAUAUAAUAAAUGAGGAUGCUCUGAGGUACUUUACCUGGCACGGAACGGCUGAUACGCUUCGUUUUCAGGGUACAAUGCUGUGCAGUAUUCUCUCAGCUAGGGCGUAUGGGUCGAAUAUGAGUGUUCUCAAGGGAAUUAUUGAUUCUGUGCAGGAGAAAGCGGCAGCUCAGGAUGUUGCCGGUUUAUUUCCAAUUGCAAACAAGGAUGAUCUCAAAACGGUUGAGUCCUACGUUCCGCACAUCAAAACCAAGAUGGUUCAACACUUUACGGAGCUCCGACAAAAGUCAGGGAAUGGUGUGUUCAGUCAAAUGUUCUCUCCAAGUUGGAUAAAUAGUUUGAAUCAGUCUGAGUUGGAGAACUUUGCAAAGACUCCCUUCUACAGGGAUGUUAUUCAGGUUGUCUUCAAGGAUAUUAAGAGAUUUCACAUUCUCGAAGCAAUUCGGGAUGAAUUUGAGACACCCGAGGGCUUCUUUAAGCGAAUCCUGCCUGUGAAUGAGAUAAACUUGGCACUGUUUGAGUUGAAGCUGCAACGGAAGCCUUUUGUUGAUUGUCUGAUUUCAAUCUGCUCAAAUUGGAUGAAAUCCCAUUCAGAUGGAUACUUCCACAAGCUAAUAGACAGCGAUCUAAUUCAGCAAUAUAGUUUCAAUGGGGACGAUGGGUUGAGGGCCAUUGAAAAGUCCAUUCUGUUCAACACUGUUCUCAGGGAGAUCUACAAAAAGUCCGACAUGGAGCUUCAUACAAAAGUACAAAUGGAAUUGUACCUGGCACAAGCACUAGCUGACUAUAAAAGCGAUAAAUUGCAGAGCUGAGGGGAGGUUUGGGGCGGCGGCGGUGGUGGUGGAGGUGGAGAUGUGGAGACAAGUUGUAAUAAUGUAAAGGAUGGACGGCUUAAUCAACCUUCUGCCAGAUGACGCAUCGAUUAUUGGAUGGCAUGGCGUAUUGGCGCACGAGGGCGAUGCGAAAGUUGUUGGCGAGCUUCUGCAGGGCCACGAGGUCCUUGAUACCCCACCUUGGGUCCUGUGACCUUAGCAUUCGGUCGAAGUUGACAUUGCUCUCGGGCUCGAUGACGCCGUUCUCCCCGUAUGGGCCGUACGUAACGAGAAGGCCACCUGCGCGGAGGAGGCGCGAUGAGUUCCUGAAGAGUCCUUCGGUGGCUUCGAUUGGUGUGAUGUGUAUCAUGUUGAUGUUGAUGAUGUAGUCGAUGCUCUUGCUCCGGAGGGUGCCACUGAAUAAAUCAUGCGACCACGAUUCGCACGGUCGUGUGAUGUCCACGGGCACGGGUGGAUGGAUAUUCCGCAUGCCGCUGUGCUGUGCAAAUGCCCCAAUUGAUUGCAGCAAAUUCUCCGAGAUCUCCGUGGGUUGGAAUUCAAUGUGGGGGAAUUCACGGGCAAAGUGCACAACAUGCUGCCCCGUGCCCGAAGCAAUCUCCAGCACGCGCACACAUGAACCCGCGGCGAUGAAUUCACGCUUGAGGACGUCGAGGAUGGGACCGCGAUUCCUCUCCGCUGAGGGAUUUCGCAACAUCUUCCCCGGAACUUCCGUGUACAGGACCCACACGCGACCGUCUGUGGCGUCUCCUGAGUAACGAAUGAGCGAGCGUCUCUCUCCUGAUGAGGCGCGUCAAAAUAAUACCUGUGGGAGACCUUGGUGAUAAUGCUGUGUGUGUGAGGAGUUCGAGAGAGUGAGAGAGAGUCGGAGGGGGUGGAGUAUGCACGAAAACAGUCAUCUAGACAAUUAGGCUCAUCAGAAGGGAGGAGGAGAAGGGUGAGUUUCUAGUUCUCUUUUUGUUUUUAUAAAUCGUAUACAACUGGCCACUGUCUGAGCGCGUACGAGAAGAGCUCACAAAUUUGGAAUUUCUUUUUGUGUGUUGUUGCCUCUGUUUAGAGGACUGAUGUUGUGACAACAGCUGGAGCAGGAGAUGUUGGGGAUCUCUUGGGGCUGGCGCUAUUAUUUGCCGUCACAUCGGCUAUUCUGUCGGGGAGCAUGGCGUCCACGGGGACACCCUUGCAGUAGAACUUCUUGUGGGCAAUGAAGGUGUUAAGGUAGUUGAAGCGAAUGUCGCACGUUUUGCAGUACUUUGGCCCACCUGUGAGCAUUGAAUCGUCCGGCGAAGGAGUUUUUCGCGAUGGUGGAGGUCCCAGUGGGGUCUCAGAGCGCUCUGUUGCCUCCACUUUCACCACAACGUCACUGUCGUCAAUCACAAGCUCCGGUUCAGUGUCAGCCUUGCUGAAAUCCUGCUCAGGUUCAAUUUUUACCGACACAGAAACAUGGCUGGAAGGUAGAAAAAAUAUUUUCUUUUUUUUGUCUCCACAUCUUUUUUUUUUUCAAUAUAAUUUUUUUAAUUUUUGUAAAGUAUUAAUGAAUUACAAAAAGAAAUAAUAAUUUUUCCAAAAUUUUUUAAUGAAUUUUCUCGUGUGAUUUACAUAUUUGUAAGAUUUCUUGUAAAAUAUUUUCAUUGAAUAAGUUUCUUUGAGCUUUUUAGGGCUUUGGGAGUGAAUCAAGGGAGGGGGAUUUAUCUGUGAAUAAAAGGCGAUUAUUCGGAACAUUGGAAGAAUUAUUCAGAAUAUUUAAUUAUUAAAAUAAAUAUUCAUAUUAAUUCGAUAAUAUUCGUGGAAAAUAGUGAUAUUAUUCAGAAAUUCGGGGAAAUUCUAAUGAAAAAAUCGAAAAGAACUGAUAAACUUUGUUAAAAUAAUAAGAAUAGUGUGGAAAUUAAAAGAAAAAAAGACUAAAUAAACGCAGAAUAAAGAAACUUGAAGUUUGUACACUUUUCGAAGAAUCUUUUCUUCCCGGAACGGUUUGAUGUGUUCCCGGAAAAUGGCAUAAGUAGCUGAAAGUUCUGCAGGCAUUCUUCCCAUUUAGGGGUCAAAAUCGGUCCAUUUAGGAAGUCCCCUUUGCGAUUGCGUGAAGCAUUUUUGUAAAUUCAGAUUUUGAUCUGAAGAUGACAUCAAGGAUCAGCCGGGUGUUGAAAAGGAGGUUCCUAAGAUUCCUUAGAAACUGCCUGAAGCAAUGGGAAGGAUGCCUGCACAACUUUCAGCCACUUUUGACACUUUCCGGGAACACAUCAAACUCUUCCGGGAAGAAAAUUUUAUUUAAAAAGUGUACAAACUUCAAGUUGCUGCAGAAUAAUUAAGAAAAUCUUAGAGAAUUGAUUAUUUAUCUAAAUGGAAAUUAUUAUUUUUUUAAAGAAUUUUUAUCUCGGAAAUAAUUCGUCAAAAAAAUCAAAAUAUUCCCAGAUAAACUCCCCCUUGAAAUUUAAAAUAAAUAAAUAAGAAAAAUAGAAAAAAAUUUGUAAAAAAAUGCAUUUAAAGGCCAAAUAAAAAUGCCAUAAAUUAAAUC